AUGUCAUCAACUGGCAAUACCCAAACCACCAAAUCGUCAUCCUCGGCCGAGAAACCCGAGAGUUCCAAAGACUCUGAUACCCCCGGCAGCAGCGGUGGAUACUACAAGUUCCGCUGCAAGUACUUCUUGACCCACAACUGCAACAACUGGGUCUACGUUAACGGAUCUCCUUGCGCCAACUGCUGUGAGGACGAAAAACCCCAGGAUGACUAUCCCAUAAGCGAGUCACCGGCAGAGGACGAUAAACCGCACGGAGAGAUCGUUCAGUGUGAGAAGUGCCACUGCUGGGUUGAUGAUCGGCCACACACGUGCAAGCCGGAGGACAAGGACAAGUAUGCGAAGGAUGGAAAAUGA